UAAGGUUUUCCUUUUUUUUUUCGUAUCGCAAUGGUAGGUGGCCGAGUUCCAUGCCUAGCAGACGACCAAGUCUAGCAGACGGCGCAUAGCUAGCGUCGUUCGCGGGCGCUCGAGUCUGCGUUUUAAAUCGAACAUCGUCGAACGCCGAAAGGCACGCGUUAUCUCCCGAAUAAAAGCUGUCGUGUCGCCGAGAAAUUACGUGAGAAACCAGACGAAAUGGAUCCCGAAGCAUUCCUGGACAUGGCCAAUCAGGUCAUUAAAUUGAAAAUGUUCCCGUACUUCGACAUCGCGCACAGUGUUCUCUGCGCGCUACACGUCAGAGAAGAUUUAGGACCCGGUGCCCAAGCAUUUUCUCGGAAACACCCCCUGUCAUGUUGGCUUUCGACAAUGUUGGUAGUAUUCGCUGGCGGUAUGCUAUGCAAUGGUCUUUUAGGAGAACCGAUCCUUGCACCUUUGAAAAAUACACCACAAGUGGUAGUUGCAACUGUUGUUUGGUACGUGAUAUUUUAUACACCAUUUGAUAUCGGAUACAAAGUAGCCAAGUUUCUGCCUGUAAAACUUGUAUGCGCUACUUUGAAGGAAAUAUAUAGGUGUAAAAAGGUAUACGAUGGAGUAACUCAUGCAGGGAAACUAUAUCCAAACGCAUAUCUUAUCAUGAUUUUAAUUGGGACACUUAAGGGAAAUGGCGCAGGUUUUACAAAAUUAUUCGAGCGUCUUGUACGAGGAGUAUGGACCCCAACUGCUAUGGAACUUAUGCAACCCAGUUUCCCUACAAAAGCAUCGAUGGUCGCGUCUAUCAUCUUUGUCUUGGAUAAAAAGACUGAUCUCAUUUCGGCACCUCACGCAUUGGUUUACUUUGGUAUCGUUAUCUUCUUCGUGUACUUUAAGCUGUCGUCCAUUUUGCUGGGUAUUCACGACCCGUUCGUACCUUUUGAAAAUCUCUGUUGCGCGUUAUUCCUCGGAGGAAUUUGGGAUUCGUUAGCCAAAUUGCUGGGCAGAGGCCAAGCCAAAGACGAGAAAGCGGAUGCCAAAAAGAAGGACUAAAUGUUUGUAAUUUUAUAUACGAAGUCUCCCAAGAAAUUCAUUUUAAUAUUAUCAACGAUUUGCUACGGAUGAAAUGCAAUGAAUGGAUGCAAUUUGAAGCUAGUCAUACGAUACGCGCGUGUUGAAGCGUGAUCAUCGACAAAUCAUUAAAUAUCAGAAGUACAAUAAUUUAUUACUAUACAUAUUUUAAUAAUGACGAGUGAUAUACGUAUCGAAGAGUGUAACUUCAAUCAUUGGACAAGUCAACAGUAUUAUAUCUGUUAACAGCAACGUACUCACGUAAUAGUUGAGGGUAUAAACACGCGCUCUUUGCGAAUUAUCCAACGAUUUUUUUUUAAAAACAGGCGUCUUCAUAAUAUCAUUGUUAGCGAUAACACUUGAUAUGUAAAUUCGUUAUCUUUCCUAAAUAUGAUUGUUCUUUUAGAGUUGAUUAGGAUACUACGCAAGUGAUUGCGGAAGCAUUAGAGAUAUGUCCCGAAUUGCCGAUUUUUUAAUAAUAUAUGUUGAGGCAAUUAAGAUAAGGUUACGAUAAGGUCCAUUUAAUGGACAAGAAUGAUUCGAAUCGAUAUCAAUUAAGAUUCGCUUGAAGCAUUUUUGUCUAUCGUAAAGUAAACGAGUUAUUGGAGUGGCCUGUCUUUACUGUCUCAUCCUGUAUAUAUCUCACACCGUGUUUUAGCAAUCGAAUUUAAAAGUUGUUGAGAAGACAUUUUAUAGAGGGAAACACAAGUUCUCUUACAAUAUAAGUGCAUGUGAAUAUUUACUAAGGCCAGUUCAAGGUAUUCUAAUACUGGCAUAUCAUAACGACAAAUACUCGUCGAUUUAUCGUGUGGUACCUACUGCAAUGAUACGAAUAAACGUACUCAGGUUGACGAAGUUAAAUUUUACAUAAUUUUGAUGCAUAUUUCAGCGAUAAAGUUCCGAUAAUAAAAUACGUAAAUCAAAAUUUUCCAUGUACGAGUUGGUACCAUUAGAAAAUAUAUAAAAGUAAACAACGAGAGGGACGUAGACCUCUUUUAUACUAUUUUAUUACAAUUACAUACCAACGAUUGGUACUUACCCACACAUAUAUGUAUCAAGUGUUUGCCUUCGACUCAACGAUGUGAACAUAAUUUACCGUGAAAAUUAAAUUCGCUUAAUUUUCAUAUAAUGUUCCAUUUGUCAGAACGUUGUACAUUUUCAGAUAAUAAAAUGAAGUUUGUUCUUCCAAA